UGGGACUCGUCUCGCGCACGCAAUCGUUCGUUGCGAUCUUUCUGAAAGUAAGUGCAAUAAACGUAUCGUGUUCUGUUUUGUUUUCCAUUUACCUGAUAAGUUACGUCUAAGUACUGGAUUACUUUCUGUUACCCUGAAGACGUGCUGUUUGGAGACUUACGUUCGGAAAGCGUGUGAAAAUCGUCUACUUCAGUGAGCGGAUAAAAAAGCAGAACCGUGUUUUCGAUCCCCGCUACCAGAGCACCAGAAUGAGCGUGACGGGUGAAGGUGGGCUAAGCGGGGCUUGAUGGCACGGUGACGAAGCAUGAGACGAUCGCACAUUGCCGCCCUGUUGCGGCUGCUCGUAUUCGCUGGUGCCACGUAUUUUGCAAAUCCAUACACUAGCGAAGAGCGAGUUGACCUAAGCCAAGUAUGGGUGGAAAUACCUACCACGCUGGUAGCACUCGGAGGAGAUGUACAUAUCUUCGUUCGCGGCGUCUCCGAUGCCAGUUUACGGGCUCGGAUCGCGCGAGAAGACGACGAAGGCCGUACUCUUCUAGCCACAAUGCCUCUCGCUCUAGAUGCCGAAAGCCGAAUGACGAUACCAUGCGGCUACUUUUCAAGGGGAGGCAUAUACUACCUCGAACUAGUCGCCGAUAAAGAAUUCCUCGAAUAUAACUUCACUGCUAAAGUCAAAAGGGACUUAACGGAAGGAGGUAUUAUGGAAACCGGUGAUAGUGUUGUUAAGUCGUGGAAGUUUGACGUUCUGUGGCCGACAGCUAAUUUGGAUGUGACUCCUGAACAAAUUCAAACGUAUCCGGAGAGACAAGUGACGGCUAUACUCGAGUUUCCCAAAGUUGUUUGUACCCCAGUUGAAACUGGAGCAGAUUUUUGGUUGGAGUUGCUUUACUGCGGACAUUCCAGCGGUGGGGCUGUGCUGUGUGAUGGUAGAAAUACCAGCUCGCACGCCCACGUCUUGUAUUCCGAACAGAUGCAUGGAUUCCCUGGCCGAAGGACCAUGACUCUUCGAUGUGAGUUGUUUGGACAAGCUGGAGACUACGCUCUCACACUGAGACCAGCAGCUGCUUCCGGACCUCAGGACUUAGCCACUGCAUUCGUAAAGGCGGAUUGGUCAGAGCAAUUUGUGCUUAACGUCCACGGUGGAUCCGUGUUCCCUUGCGGAGAGGGGGUGCGGGUUCUAUUCCAGUAUCCGGAGUGUGUUCUGGAGGGGGUUGACCGGGUACGAGUGUUUGGCAGAGAUGCAGACAGACUCCGUUAUGUAGCUGAGAGAAGAGUCCGCAGGGGUCAACACACAGCGUCUUUUGAUUGCCGCCUCUUCAGUGAAAGGUAUCCUGAGUACUGCUUCGUGUACGUCUCACAGGCUGUCACUGGUGCAGUCGCGGAUGUUAGAAUGGAUUGUCUACCGACGUUACCUCUCUCAGAAGGUGGCGCUGGUGGUUGGGGAGAGUGGUCGCCGUGGUCGGCCUGUCCAGCGCCCGCGCAUUGUUCUACCAGAACCCGCAGCCGACAUCGCUUCUGUGACUCGCCCCCACCAGCCUAUGGGGCUAAAUACUGCGAGGGUCAAGCUGUAGAGUUAGCAGCUUGCGAGUGUACUGGCCCUUCCUGGCCCGGAGAUUCUUCAGUGGUGGUGGCAGAAAUUGGAGCUCGGUGCCGCUGUGGAUGUGUUCUCCACUUGGCUCCCUUGGCCAGACUCCUGGCUGGUUCUGCUAGAGCCUGCCCGGCGAGGUCUUUCUGGCUCCUACAGGCUGAAGAGGGUUUAAUAGUAAAGGUACGCUUCGAAGCGGUGAGGCUCCCUUGCGCCGGACAAGCCCUGCGAGCUCGUGAUGGGGACUCUCUCGGAUCUCCUCUACUGGCCUCUUGGGAUGGACCAGACAGCUCAGCUAUGUCUGAUGGUGUGGAGAGCACGACAGAUAGCAGUGGCAUGGUGGAGAUAGCUGGUGGAAGACAUAUCCUUGUGGAGCUCCGCUCAGCAGACACAAGCCCUCGAUGUGCAGGCGGAUUCCUGGCACACGCUACACAAAUUGAGCCAGUGCGGAAUGCUUCCGCGGCAUGGGCUUCAGUAGCCGGCACGUCGUGGUGGCGAGGUGGAGGUGCAGCUCGUGCUGCAGCCGGCACCCUCGCCGUCCUCGCAGCAGUUGCAGCGCUGGCCCUGGCAGCACAUUCAGCACACCGCACCAGAGCUUACCAGCGCGCCGCUGAUAAGGAGUCACUGACGGACAGUGAUGCAUGUUCAGCAUCCUUGGAGCUUGGCAGAACAGCAUCUGGGUCGCGCAGCACGCUCCUGUCUGAGGUGGUGGGGGGAGGGGUGUCCCUCCGACGUUUGCUACCCGGGAGGAGCAGGCAUGUUCGACUAAGGGACUCUGAUCGCAACUCAGAGCAUAUGGAACAAAGAGAUGAUGACGAUCCACAAUCAGACUUGGAAGCAGACUCCGCCAGCCAGGGGAGUGAAGGUAGCGCUGCCAGCCAAGCCACGGUCACCCCAGAAAAUAUAUCUUCUAGCAGCGCUCCGCCGUUGACCAACACCCACCAUUCGCCACUGCGCCGCUCGCAUACUGUCUCCACAAACGUCUCAGCACAAAUAACUUCACCACCAGAAGCCUCAACGAGUGAAAUAACAGCAGACAUAAGCACAAGUGCCACCACAGUGAGUGAGAGGGACAGCUAUAGCGAGAAGGACAAAGACAGUAUGUGGGAUAAGGACAGAAGUGAGAGUCGAACCUCUUCUGUCUCAGCUGCAACACUAACUAACGGAUGGUACUCCCCAGCUCUGAGUGGCGUGUCUUCAGCAAGGAUUCGCGACAACCCGAAACACACCAAAGAGAAUUGCAACAGGAAACUACUAAGAUCCGAUCUGAGCCUUACGUCACACCCGGAAAUGGAAAUAGAUUAUUAUGAUUAUGAAGUGAAUAAUGCGGGUUCUGUACCAGGAUCUUAUUUAGGAAUGGAUCCAGCGUUUUUGGUAUGGAUUCCACCCAUUGAAGAAGGUGACAUUAUAAGAGAAAUGGACAAUAGCAGAGCACCUAUAUAUGAGGAAGUUAUACCGAAAGAGCUUCGACCAGAUCCAGGUAGCAAUACAGAAUCACCUGAAGAUCGUCCAGCAUCAAGUACAUUAAAGAGAAACUCAGACAAUCGCUCCCACCGAUCCAACGAGUCAAUAAAAUCAACCCGAAGAGAACGUGGCAACAUGAUACACCCCUUAAACUUCAGUAUUAGUGACAUGCAAGGCUCACCGAGACUUGCUAAACGUUACAAGAAAAAGAAAGAAGAAAAUCACGUGGUAAUACCAAUGAAAAACUUAACUCUAAAUAUAUCUCCUGUGAAAGUACAUAAAAGAGAAAAAGACGACUUUACUUUAAAGAGAGUAAGCGAAAGUCGAGAGAAAGAUUCAACGUUGAAAAGGAAUGAUUUUAACGAUAUAAGAUAUGCAGAUGAUUCGGAAUCAUCUAAUGAUAUUAAGUUUGCUGACGAUUCGCCAGAUAGCAAUAGACUAGUCGAUAAAUUUGAUGUUAAAGUAUAAACUGUUGAGUUUCGUAAGUAAUCUAAUAUAGAUAUGGUUAUAGAUGAGUAUGUACCUAUAUUUACGCAGGAAUUCUUUUGAAUUUCAAUUCUGCAAGGAUUUUUUCUUAAAACCGAACCAGUUGGUAAUAAUUGUUAUAAUAAAAAUGAUAUUUUCUCGAUAAAAGCUCGAGUUAUUUACAUCAUAUUAGUUUACGAAGAACAAUCUUUUAUUUAUUCGAUUAUUGGAAAUCGGUUUUAGUUAUUAGAAAAAAAGGAUAAUUUCUCUAUUAAAGCUCGAAUUAUUUAUAUUUUAUAUUAGUUUACGAAGAAUUCUCUUUAAUCGAUAAUUGUCAAUUCGCUUUAGUUAUUUCAAAACAAAACUUUGUUUUUAAUUGAUCAGUAUGCCAAACAGAAGCUCUGAAGAACAUUUUAUUUGUGUUUCAGCCAAAUUCUUUAAAAUCAUUUGGUAUUUUAGCUAACAUCUCGCGUAUUUAUUCACUAAUUAUUAAAAUUAAUAAUAAGUCUUAAUGGUAAAGUAGCCAUCGUCAACCAUUAGCCGUAUGGACCAAAUGAUAAGUAGAACCAUUCAUAUCACCAAUCUAUCAAUAUUAUAUUUUCCAAAGAAUAUCAUAUAUCACAUAACAUUGUAGUAUUAUUAAAAUGAGACUUUUAUAUUCGAAUCAUAAAUCUUACAUGGCUUAUCUUUUCAAAACGCUACUUAAUUCAUUAUUGGCUUGAUUUUUAUUGGAAGACUGACAUUUUUGGGCAGUGCAAUACUUUUACAUUUUUAGGAAAAUUAUGGGCUCUUCUUCUAGUAAAUUCUAAAUUAUCUGUGAAAUUUUCAAUUAUUAUUGUCAGUGCGAUGUCUUACAGGCUGUAAUUUUUUGUUAUUUAAAAUUUCAAGCCUUACUAUUAAGGAUUGGUCUCCGCUGCUUAGUUUUUGACACUCAAUGGCAUCUUUUAAAUUUUACAUUGAAAUUUAUAAAAUACAAAAACUUACUGAUGACGUGCAAUGACGUUCUAUGGUAUAGAACGUCUUUGAUGAUAUGUGAUCCCAGUGUCUUUCUUAUAUCUUGUAGUAUUAUUUUUACAAAGUAUUACUACGCGACCCGGUUUUACUUUCAAUUAUUAGUAAAGUUUAACUGAACAUGUGGCACUCCAACAUCAGACAUUGUUACAGACUGGCUCAAGUACGCCAACUUGGGCGUAGUAUUAGUUGCCGCACUUUGCGACUACGACUACGGUAUCUAGUUGGAGACCAAACCUUUAUCUAAUUAUACGAAAUUAUUAUUGUCAAUGCGAUGUCUUACACCCUCAUUAUUUUGUGUUACAAUUAAAAUAACUAGUAUUAUUCAUUUACAAUGAAAUAUUAUGCGCGCAAUUGUAAAGGUAUUUUGUACCCUCUUCAAAAGUUUUUUGAAAAAUGGUUUGUAAACUAUUAAGGAUUAAAUAGACGGACGGAAAAAGAUUAUUUAUUAUUGUGCAAUACUAUAUUAAAUACAUAAAUAAGUGUAAGUAUCUAAAGCUUAUUCGAGACUAUAUUAACCAGUUCUUCUAGUGGGAGGCUCCUUUGCACCGGAUGCCGGCUAGAAUUUCGGUACCACAAAAGAGCCUUUUUCUGCCGUGAAACAGUAAUGUGUAAGCAUUAUUGUGUUUCGGUCUGAAGGGCGCCGUAGCUAGUGUAAUUACUGGGCAAAUGAGACUUGACAUCUUCUGUCUCAAGGUGAUGAGCGCAAUUGUAGUGCCGCUCAGAAUUUUUGGGUUUUCAAGAAUCCUAAUUGUAACGGGCAGGGCGUAUCAAUUACCAUCAGCUAAACGUCCUGCUCACCUUAUUUUUUUUUAAAGUUUUUAAGGAAAAAAUAAAAAAAAAUUGAGUACCUUAACCAUCGAUUUAAUCCUUAUAGUUUGCAAGUUGUUAUACUUUUAACAUUAAGUAGAAGUCUGAAUAAGUUGUAUUAUUCACUAAGAUUUUUACCGUGACUACUUAUAUUCUUCUGGUCAAUAUUCAUUUUUUAAUUUAUUAGAUUAAAUUAUAAUUAAUUGCAGAUAAUAACUAUUUAGUUUUAAUCCAAUGUGAUUCGACUAGUCAAUUUAAAAUUUAUUUAGUUGUUAUUAUUUGAAAAUUUUAUUUGUGCAAUUAUUAAUUUUAUAUUAUUGAAUAGAUCUAGUUAUUCAUAUACAUAUAGACGGAGCUGCGGUUUAGUGAAUUAAUUGAAACUUAAAUUUGUGUGGUUAAUUUCUGCUAAUAAUAGAACAAACAUUUAUUAGUUUCGUUCGUGAGCAUAAUAAAUUAAAUACAUUAAAAAUGGACGUAAUUCCAGAAAAACGUUCCAAACCACAAUCAUGUCAAAAUUGAGUUAAGAACACAAAACUGGUCACGUGAUUCAUAUUAACGGACUGACAAAAAAUGGCAGACUUAUUGUCACUCUUUAAAUGAUGAAUGACUUAGUAGCCCAACCCACAUGCAUGGAAUACACUAAUAUUUAUUAAGCUUUAACGACGAAUUCCUUAAAAUGAGAUGUUUGUGACUUGUUUUUCAGGAACUACGUCCAAAUGAAGGUCGCAUAUAGCAAUUUAAUAUAUUCGAAGAAACAUUAAUCGUAAAAUUAUUUUGAAAAAUAGAUGUUCAAAAGAUAAAGCGGAAAUAUUUGUACAAUAAGAUAAAAUUCAUUCGCAUACGAUAAGUACUAUGAAACGCUAAUUAAUAAUAAAUUUAGCCACGCUACCUUUUUUACAGCCCACGUUAGCCAGAUCCAUGUAGACUGGCAGAGCUCCGUCUAAGUAUGUAAAUAGUCAAAUGUAUAGAUCUCUGCCCUUCAUCGUACCACUGCAACCACCAUAUUUUUUUAAUUUAACGCAAGAAAUACAUCAUUACCUAUUACAAUAGAAAAAGACAUUCACACUUAGGUUUAAUAUCAACAAAGAAAUAAUUUUCAUUCGUCUAUUAGGCGGGGUUUUAGUUCAAUUGUGUUUCGACUGCGCUUAGAAUACAAUGCCACGCAAUGAUAAAGUUCAGUGUUGUAUUUUAGUUAAGUGCCCCUUACGAAAUUUUAUAACUACCUUGAUAUUGUUUAUCUUUUUGCUAAAUAAUAACAUUUGAAUUGCUAAAACAAAAUGUUACUACUUCUAAUGAGCAAGAGACUUUGAACAUUACUGCCACGAAAUAAGGUGUUGAUUUCAAUAAAUGUUUUAAUGUUAUCUGUAUAAGCUAAUAUGUACGUUUAUACAACUAUGGUGACCUAAUUGGCGAUUGAGAGUUUAACUAUUUAUUGUACGUCAAUAUUUGUAGCAAUAGAGAUAAUAUUAGUCCAAUUAAAAAUAAGGGACAUAAUGUACCGACUAACAUCUUGGUGUUAGAUAAUAUAAAGUCAUAUAUUAUGAGGGUAGUAAUAAGUUACCCUCAUCAUUUAUUCCUAAAGCACCAAAAGAAUUAUAAUUUAACUCUAUUAUAUCGAAUUGUCAAGGAUCCAGGGCUCUGUGAACGGCUAGAUCUCUUGGCGUUGCGUAGAGACGUCGCUUUCCUUUGUGUCUUCUACCGCAUUUAUCACGGGGAGUGUUCCGAAGAGCUGUUUGAAUCGAUUCCUUGCAAUUGUAUCUUCGCUCGAGAUGCCACAGUGCAGUCUUUAAGGAAUUUUCUUCCCGUACAACCUUGCUGCGGAAUGAGCUUCUUGUGCGGUGUUUCCAGGACGAUACGACACGAGUACUUUCAAGACUGUAAACGCUUCUGUGAUUGUUCUGGUGUUGCAGGAAAAUGUUAGCGGCGGUUAUCACUUAACAUCAGGUAACCCGUAGGCUCGUUUGUUCUCCUUUUCCAUUUAAAAAAAUCAUAAACGGUGGUACGAUGUGAUUGGCAGAGAUCUUAGCUAACUAUGAGUAUAAAAGCAAUAUAAGAAAAGUCCAAAUGUACUAAAUAGUUUAACAUAACUCUAUUAGUUGGUCUUCGUAAUAAAGUCCUUUUGUUUUAUACUUUAA